CAGGGCCCUGGAUUCGACGUCGCGGACGACGAGGACGACAGCGACGACGAGAUGCACGAGGCCCUGAGCUCCAGGUUCGAUGGGCCAGGCAUGGGCGACCCGGAGGAGAUGACCAUCAUGAGCCAGGCGGCGGCGCCGCCACGGGGACCUCCUCGCUCCUCCUCCUCAUUUUCUUCCUCUUCCUCCUCCAUUCCUUUUCCAGAGAGAUCGGAACGUGAGGCUCUGGAGUUGGCUCGGGUUGGGGGACUCGAGAGCCUCCUCUUGGCCAGGGUACUCCUCCAUUCCUUUUCCUUAGCGUGGGGCUUGCUCUAGCCCUGCGACAGGCGGUCGGGCUGGCGGUGUGGCUUCUGGCCAAAGGGGAGCCGCUGUCUCUUCGUUUGGCGUUGUCAGCUCACGGCGAUUAGCUUCCAUAUUGUCAAUGGCGAUCAGUGCUGGCGUGGUCAUUGCAACCACCACUGCGCAUCAAUGGUCGUAGGCAUCGUGGUGACCAUGGCUGUCAUCAAGGAUAUGCUGUUCCAGGGUAUCGCAAACAGCGGCCUCACGAGGGCCGUGAUGGUCGCCUUUAUCGAUGCUGCUAGCGUCGGGAUCGUCGCCUCAGCUGAAGUUGUCAACGCCAUUGCUUGUCGGCGGCGGUCGCAGCGGCUGUCCGUGCUCACAGCUGUUCUCACAGACAUGGAGACACUGUUCACUCAGACCAGGGACGUUUCUGUGACUGUUGCACUUGCUGCUCUUUCCCUCGGCCGGUGCCGGUCACCGGAGGGCGUCGCCGGCGAUGGCGAUUCUGACCACAGCGAGGACGAGGACGGGAUGUUCGAGGAGGACGACAUGGAGGCAGCCCGCGACACCGUCCGCGCCCUGAGGCGGCUCAGCGCAGAGGGGAAGCUGGCGCCGAAGGCGCGGAUACAGCUGCUCUCACAGAUGAUCCGCACGCCGGGCGAGUCCAUGCCUGG